AUGGCCGUGGUAGCUCCUACGAUACCUAAGAACCCUGUACGAGCUCCUGUGGUCUCACCUGAGGAAAGUGAUGAUGAACUGCCUUUGUCAAGGAAGGUGAAUGGGGGAAGGAAGAGAGUGAACAGUAGUAGUGAAGAUGAGAAACCUUUGGCAAAGAAAUCCAGACCAUCCUCAGCAAAACGACCCGUAUUCAGUGAAGAAGAAAGUACUCCUGGGCCCUCUGUCAAGAAUGAAGAAUCAGACUCUUCCCUCUCCGAGGACUCUGAAAUUUCUGAAGAUGAGAAACCUCUGGCGAAGAAACGACCUUCGAUGAAUGGUAAAACUAAAAAGGCUACAGUGCCAUCGGAAGCUUCAGAAGACGAGAAACCUUUAGCGAAAAAACGCCCUUCAAUGAAUGGUAAAACUAAAAAAGCCCCUGUGGAGUCAGAAGAAUCAGAAGACGAGAAACCUUUAGCGAAGAAGAAAGCGGCUCCGAGGAAGAGUGCUACCCCUGCGAAGACGAAGGCGAAGGUCAAGCAGGAGUCGAGCAGUGAGGAUGAGAAACCUUUGGCGAAGAAGGGAAAAUCUUCAGCGGCGAAUGGUAAGGGAAAAGGGAAGGAAGAGACUGAAAUUAAGAAGGAAAGGGCCAAGAAAAUAAAAGAGGAAGAAGAAGAAGACAAAUAUAAAUGGUGGGAAGAACAAGAAGCCAACAACGAUGGUUCUGUCAAAUGGACAACUCUGGAGCAUAACGGUAUCCUGUUUCCACCUCCUUAUAUCCCUCUGCCGAAAGGUGUCAAAAUGAAGUACGACGGCGUAUCGUUGACGUUGCCACCGGAAUCGGAAGAAGUGGCAGGAUUCUUCGCCGCAAUGUUGGAAACGGACCAUGCGCAGGAUGAAAAGUUCAAGGAGAAUUUCUUCAGGGAUUUUCAGGCGGUCUUGGAUGAACAUCCCCCUAAAGAAGGCGUCAAAGUCAAGUCUUUAGAAAAAUGCGAUUUCAGACCCAUGUUUGAGCAUUUCGAGAAAGAAAAGGAAAAGAAGAAGUCAAUGACCAAGGAGGAAAAGAAGAAAAUAAAAGAAGAUAAGGAUAAGCUUGAAGCACCUUAUCUUUAUGCCACCAUUGACGGUCGAAAGGAGAAGUUAGGAAACUUCCGAGCUGAACCUCCUGGCUUGUUCAGAGGGCGUGGUGAACAUCCGAAGAAGGGAACUCUGAAGUUACGUCUACGUCCAGAAGAUAUCAUCCUCAAUAUAGGAGAAAACGCACCUGUACCCGUACCCAACAUCCCAGGCACCUGGAAAGAUCUACAACAUGACAAUACGGUUACGUGGCUUGCGCAUUGGAAAGAAAAUGUCAAUGGACAGAGCAAGUAUGUUUUCUUGUCAGCUGGUAGUUCGUGGAAAGGACAAAGUGAUAGGUCUAAGUUUGAAAAGGCCAGAGAGCUCAUUAAACACGUCGAUCGCAUUCGCAAAGACUACACUGAAGAUCUCAAGUCGAAAAUCAUGGCAGAUCGUCAAAGAGCGACCGCUCUGUACUUCAUCGAUCGGCUGGCCCUUCGUGCAGGCAAUGAGAAAGGGGAAGAUGAAGCAGACACUGUCGGUUGCUGUUCGUUACGAUACGAACACGUCACUCUUGAACCUCCCAACAAAGUCAUCUUUGAUUUCCUCGGUAAAGACUCAAUGAGGUUUCAUCAGGAGGUCGAGGUGGAUGCUCAAGUGUUUAAGAAUAUCAGGAUUUUCAAAGCGGAACCUAAAGGAAAGGGAGAUGAUUUGUUCGAUCGUCUGACGACCACCGGCUUGAACCAGUACCUCAAUGGACAAAUGAAAGGUUUGACAGCCAAAGUUUUCCGUACUUACAAUGCCUCAUGGACGUUUCAACAACAACUCAAACAUACGCCUAAAGACGGUACAGUGGCGGAGAAGAUCGCAGCGUACAAUACUGCCAAUCGUGAUGUUGCUAUUUUGUGUAACCAUCAGAAAACCGUCAGCAAAGGAUUCGCGGAGAGUUUCGCGAAGAUGGGAGACAAAGUCCGCGCUUUAAAGUACCAGCGUAUGAAAUUACGAUACCAACUGUUCACUCUAGAUCCCAAGAUGAAGAAAAAACGACUCGAUUUGGCGCAAGACGAAUCCGAUGUUGAUGAUGAGUUUAUCGAGCGUCAUGAGGCGGAAUUACUUGAGAAAGCUUUAGAGGCGGCGAAGAAAAAGUGGGAAAAGGAAAAUGUCAAGUUGGAAGAAGAGAAAGAGGCGAAGAAGCCGAAAAGUGAAUUGGAUGAGAGGUUGAAGGAGAUUAAGGGGGAAUUCAAGGAGUUGACCAAGGAAAGGAAGACGAAGAAGGUUGAGCCGAGGAGGGGCAUGACGGAACAGAAAUUACUUGAUGCCAUCACGAGGAUGGACGAGAGAAUAGCGACUGCCAAGAUCCAAAUGGGUGACAGAGAUAAACUCAAGGAUGUAGCUUUGUCAACGUCUAAGAUCAAUUACAUUGAUCCACGACUGACUGUCGCUUGGGCUAAAAAGUACGAUGUGCCCCUGGAAAAGUUGUUCCAGAAGGCUCUACGAGAAAAGUUUCCUUGGGCAGAAGCGGAAGCCGAUGCCGAUUGGGUCUUCUAGUCUCCACUGUCAUCACGCUGAGGGAAGGCGUAAAUGGUACUGGCGGACAGGCCCACAUAGCGUACAUAUUUAUAUGUACAUGACCUCAUGUUGUCAUGCAUUUUUUCAUUAC